AUGCCUUCGUGGAAAAAGGUUUGGGCGGAUUACAAAACCCACAUUAAGGCUAAAGCUCGCAAAAAUAAGUUGCAUAUGUCAGGGACAGGUGGUGGGCCUGCAAAAGUUCAUUCCUUCAAUUCAGUUGAAUUAAGGGCAUUUGACUUACUGCAGAUAAAUCAAGCGGUAGAUGGGAUAGCAGAUGCUCAAAAGUUCGAUGCGGGAACAAGUGAAGUUACACAAAGCUACCAAAGUGAAACCGCGGAUCUAAGCACUCAGAAAGAUAUAAGUGAUUUGCAAAAUUUUGAGGAACUACCACCUUUAACACCACCAUCUCGAACCCAAACGUCACCCAAAUGUAGCACUGUGUGGUCACGUACCGGAACUAAAAACAAUCUUUUGAAAAUGCAAGUAGACGGGCAAAUAAAGUUUCACAGUGAUUGCACCAAGAUUUUAAAAGACGUGAAUUACAAUUUAAAAUCUUUAGUUAAGUCUAAUAAAAAACUUGUUGAACAAAACGAAGAAAAAAUAGAACUAGAAAGACAAAAACUAAAGUUUGCAAAGGUAAAGCAUGAGUACAAAAUUAAAAGCGACAGGGAGGGGACCAAUAUAAGAAUUGCAAAACUUAAAAUCAAGGAACAAAUGUGA